CACUGUGUGUGUGUUGUGGAUCUGUAGACUAGGGCUGUGAACAAGGGGUCUUUGUUCUGUGUCUGUGUGUUUCAGACCACGUCAGGGGAGGAUGUGAGGGACUUUGCCAAGGUACUGAAAAACAAAUUCAGGACCAAACGAUACUUCGCUAAGCACCCCCGUAUGGGCUACCUCCCUGUGCAGACCAUCCUGGAGGGGGACAACCUGGAGACUCCCGUAACUCUGAUCAACUUCUGGCCGGUAGAUCAUGCGCCUGCGUCCUCCCCCCAGCUUUCCCAUGACGACACCCAUUCACGCAUCGAGCAUUACGCCAGCCGGUUAGCUGAAAUGGAGAACCGUAAUGGAUCUUAUCUGAAUGACAGUAUCUCACCCAAUGAGAGCAUUGAUGAUGAACACCUGUUGAUUCAGCACUACUGUCAGAGUCUGAACCAGGGCUCUCCCCUCAGCCAGCCACGCAGCCCCGCCCAGAUCCUCAUCUCCAUGGAGAGUGAAGAGAAGGGGGAGCUGGAGAGGGUGCUCAACGACCUGGAGUCAGACAACAGGAAGCUACAGGCGGAGUAUGACAAGUUGAAGAAGGCCCACGACCACAAGGGUCUGUCCCCACUCCCCUCACCCCCGGAGAUGCUGCCCGCUUCGCCCCAGAGCCCACGGGACGCCGAGCUGAUCGCUGAGGCCAAACUGCUGAGGCAGCACAAAGGACGGCUGGAGGCUCGCAUGCAGAUCCUGGAGGACCAUAACAAACAACUGGAGUCACAGCUACACCGGCUCAGACAGCUACUGGAACAGACUGACUCCAAGGUGAACGGUACAGCCCUGUCCUCUCCCUCCACCUCGUCCCAGCGCUCUGACACCAGUCUGCCUCUGAUGCGUGUAGCAGGCAGCCAGACUACAGAGACCAUGGGUGACGAUGAGCUGUCGAGUCCGUCCCAAGAUGCAUUGGGGCUAGAGGAGGUGAUGGAGCAGCUAAACAACUCCUUCCCCCACAGCCAAGGAGGUCGAAGGGGAAACCAUUGAGAGGACUGAGUGUAGGCAGUCUGUUCCACAUGGCAGACGACCUGGGUCGAGCCAUGGAGUCAUUGGUCAACGUGAUGACGGACGAACAGAGUGGCGAGUAGCGGAAGACGAGGGCCCGCCCCUUACCCACUCCCCAACCAACCCCCUCCCCCGCAUGCUUUUCUAGUCAAAACAACUGGAUUGGACACGUUUACAAAGAGAAAUAUACAUAUAUUUUUGUGAAGGAUCAGCAUUACAAAACUUGUAGAUUUCAGUAGUUUCUUAAAAGUAUCGAAAAUGGUUUUAUUAACAAAAGGCAGGUUUUUAAACUUCUAUGCAAUUGUAUAAAAACAUAAGAGAAAGAAAACGUGUGAAUCUUGUGAACGUCGUUCCAUUUCUUCCUAUGGAGCAUUUCACAACAUUUGUAUCAAAAAUAAAGAUUGUAAACAUAAGGGUGCUUUAUAUUACAAAACUAUGUUUAUUAUAACAACAAAAGAUGAUAUACUGUAAAGGCAAUGCAGUUGUCCUGUACCCUUUCAGCGUAGAGAGACUGACUGUGUGUAUGUAUGCACGUUUGUGUGUGUCUUGGUACGCAAGGAUGUGUGUGACGUGUGUGUGUGUGUGUGUGUGUGUGUG